AUGCUGCAGCCAAUUCCCAUAAUCGGCGCUGGCAUCGCCGGUCUAACGCUGAGCCGCAGCCUCCUCCAUCGCGGCAUCCCAACCAUUAUCUACGAAAAGUCAAGCUCAAGCCCACGCUUCAAUUACGCCAUCACUCUUCACUCGACUGCCUACCAGCCCCUUCUGGAAGUUCUGAAUCUUGAUGAUGUUGCGUUCAAGAAACGCGUCGCUGUUGAUGCCGAAGAUGGCGGGGCUGGAACAAUCGGAGAGCAAGUAGAUUUACCCAGCCAUGGAGGUCUAUACGCAACAACAUCAUCAUUUCGCGCCAAUAGAGCGAAGCUCGAACACCUGCUUCGUGAAGGUCUCGACAUACGUUGGAAACACAGUCUUCAAGGUGUUCAGAGGACUCAAAAAGGACCUAGGAUACGUUUCAGUAAUGGCGAAUCGUGGUCUAGUGGGAAACUUGUUAUAGGCGCAGAUGGUGUACAUUCCGACCUACGGAAACUUCUACUCCCAGCUUUAUCACAUCUGAAGGUCCUUCCGUAUGUCGUUUUCAAUGGGAAAAGGAGAAUGGAGAGGGAGGAAUUUGACAACAUGUUCCGCGACGUGGCGAGGCCAAGGGAAACGAAUGUUUGGGAAGUAAAAGCUGGGGAUGUGAUGCUUAAUGUCAGUGUUAACAAGACGACGAGUGAAGAGGUAAGCCUCAGCUGGAUAUACUCGCGUCCUGUGCGUAGCGACGAGGAUGCACUGCAUCGUCCUAAUAGGCCGAACGAGGACGCGCAGAAGACACCCGAUGAGUUCUUUCAAGAGAUUGGUGAGCUGAGAAGUUUAAAAUCUCCCUUCUCGGACAUAUUCGAUGCGAAGAAGAUGCGCGGAGACAGGAUACUGCAUUGGCUGAUGCGAACAACAUCUACACCACUGUCGGAUUUGCAGGAUCUUUUUGCGAGGAAUGGAGUAUGUUUAAUGGGCGAUGCAAUUCAUGCAGAGCCUAUCGUGGGAGGUAACGGAGCCAACGCCGCUAUCUUAGACGCAUUGGCGCUUGCAGAAGCCAUCUCGAGCGAAGAGAAGAGAGGCUGGGAAGGUAUCGAGGGCAACGUGAAGAAAGGCGUAUCGAAGUGGUAUGAUGAAAGUUAUCCGGAGUGGGAGCAAGGGGCUGUAGAAAGUCAAAGAGCCAUCGCAAGAAUGCAUGAGGUGUCGUUAGGGGCGGAUGCGCGGCUUUAA